AUUCCACAAAAAGCCCACCCAUCUCCAAUUCAAAAGGUUCCUUCUCAAUGGCUCAUCACCACCACCACGCCCGCCCCCCUCAGCCUCGCCCCUGCUGCCGGAACGACCAGCUUUCCAGCUACUGCAGCAGUGUGUGCUGUUGUUGUACUUGCUGCGGCUUCACGGGGUCAACAGAGGGAGACCCACUUGUUGAAGCCAUUGCUGCUCAACUGAUUCAAUCUUCUCGGCCUCACCUCUACUCUACCUUCCCCAAAUCCCACAUUUCCCACAACAAUUACCACCCGCAAAGACCAAGCUUCCUGCAAGAACAGCAGCACCAGCAGCAGACCCAUACGCUGCUUUCCUCUCUCCUCCGCCGCAUCGACGCCCUCGAAUCCUCUCUCCUCCAUUUCUCCACUCCUUCCUACUCUCUCCGUGACGCCGCCGCGCGUACCAUUCAGACCCACUUCCGGGCCUUUCUUGUUCGCAGAUCGAGGACUCUCGCCCAUCUCAAAGAGCUCGCGCUCAUCAAGUCCGCUUUCAACUCUCUCAGAUCAUCGCUGUCUCAGAAGACCCAUUUCGAUUUUGAAGCUCUCUCUCACAAAGCCAUGGAUUUGCUUCUCAAGCUCGACUCCAUUCAGGACAGUGAUUCGAUGAUCAGGGAUGGUAAAAGGUCCGUCACCCGAGAAUUGGUUCGGUUCCUAGACUUCAUUGAUGGGGUUUCUGCGAGAAGACAUCAACUUCGAAAUAAACCAAUAAGGAAUAUGAGAACUGCCCAAAACGCUAGCAAAUCUAGGGUUUUGACGGGCAGGGUAGGCUCAAAUUGCCGCGAUUCUGGUGCGGAUCAGCGAGAACUGAUGGAGAAACUGAGGGACAGAGUUGAAAAGAUUCGCGGGUUUUCUAGGGUUUUGGAGAAGGGUGAGGAAGAUGUGGAACUUGAAGGAUUUCAGCAUCUCAGUGAUGAUGAAGAAAACCCUAGUAUUUCUAUUAUUGAAAAGGGUAGAGUUUCAAAAGCUAGAAAUGGGAUUUUGGUGAAAAGGCAUGAGCUUGAACCUAGGGUGAAGAAAAGUGUGAGCUUUGCAGAGAAUGGGAAUUUAUCCAGGGUUUUGGGCAGCACCCAUGAGCCAGUUUCAGGUGAGGAUGGUACGAGCAUGGGUCAAACCGAACUUGUGGAGAAUCUCAGCGGAGAAGUUGAAGAUAUGGGGGGUUUGUCCAGGGAGACCGAGGAUGAUGAUGGUGGAGACAUUGAGAGCGGAGGAUCUUCGCAGACCAGUGAUGAUGAAAGGAACCCUAUAAGGAACCUGGGAACUGAAGAUGGGCACGAAGUUGAGCAUUAUCAGUACCAAGAUGGGAGCUUGGUAUUUUCAGCACCGUUGCCUCUGAAGAUGGAGUCUAGAGCUGAUUUGAUGAAGAGAAAGGGUGUAAAGGUAAUCACAUAAAGAGCCAUCACCUGGUUGGGAUUCAGCCCUAAUUUCUGUGACUGGUGGGUGGAAAUCAGGCCUUUCUCUUUGUAAUUUCCUUGUUUUGUUGUUUUAGAAUUGGUCCAGAGAAAACUACCAUUAAGGAAGGUGGCCAUGAGAGCUUUGUACUUGGGCAUGUUUUCAGGUAGGUUUGUGUGAGUCCAACGACUGGUACAUGUCGAUGAGGAUUUUAUUGUAGAAUGUUGACUGCCAUUGAAUUUUUAUUCCAGAAUGUUAUCCAGAGCAUUUCUGCCAA